CCUCGUGUCUCCACCAUCAUCAUGACGCUUCUUCUUCUACUCUUGCUCUUCCUAAUCGCUUCUCCAGGUGUCAGCCAAACCAAUGAGGACGACGAUUUUUCAGAAUUCGAUAACGAACUCGAAGUUGAAGAAGAAGACGAAGGAAACGAAUUCACCACUCAGUACGACGAAACUAGCGAAGAUGAGAGUCAGGAGAUGGAGUCUGAUGAGUUCAUGACAGUUGAUGACAAAGAUGAUCAUCUUCUUGAUGAGGAAGAGUUUGAAGGCUAUGACACAGAGAGACAAUCAAGUGAACGGCAAGGAAAGGUGGAGGACCUAAAGAUCGUGCAGACUAAGGUUGCCAUGCGUGCCACAUGGGACUCGUAUGUUAUCGAAAUCCUAAUGAUAGCCGGUCUCCUCGUGUAUGCAAUCAACUACACAAUUGGUAAAUCAAAAAACUCAGUUUUAGCCUCGGCAUGGUACCAAGCACACAAGGAACUUCUUGAGUCAAACUUUGAAAUAGUCGGUGACGAUGGUGCAACGAAAGAGGCAUCCAGUGGGACAUUAGUGAAACAGACUGAGAACGUCUUCACUCUCUGGUGUUCAGGAAGAGUGUGCUGUGAAGGGAUGUUAGUCGAACUGAAGCUCUUGAAGAGGCAAGAUCUGAUGUCGACGAUGUCAAAACUGAUGAAGCCUGGCAGCGACAUAGUUAGGCUUACAGUGAAUUUCGGUACUGCUGACAUCGAUCCCUUCGUGUUUGCUGUUCUACCAUCAAGAGUGGCACCAAAACUACACAAGGAACUUCAGGAUUUAAGUUAUUAUUGUACAGAUCGUAGGCCAGGUGAGAAGUAUGGAUUGCCGAGCUCACUAACUGUUUUAUCAGAGAUGUCUGAAGUGGCUAGCUCAUUGUUAAACUCUCAGGUUGUACAGGAGAUAGUAAAAUAUGAGGGAAUAUUUGAAUCGGUUCAUAUUAGUGAUCAGUACACUGGAGUUGUUGAAUCUCCUGACACCCAAGACUCCAGUGCUCCACCCAUCAAACCUGAAAAAAUCAUGCUCUUUACUUUUACAAUUCCCGGCAAAGGCAAGUCGACUACACCAAGUCACAUGGGACUGACUCUACCUUUGGUGAAGAUGGCACUGAGAUUGAUCGACAAAGUCCAACAAAUUCGUGUCUCUCGUGAGGCCAAAGAGAAGGCUGUAAAGCGUCGGGCAAAGGUGGAGGAAUCACUCUUGAAGCAAACGCAUGCUCAGAGGCAAGAGGCUGCACAGCAGAGGCGAGAGGAGAAGCGACGAGCGGAAAAGGAACGCAUUAUGGAGGAGAAUGAUCCUGUGAAGGCCAGGAAGUUGGAGGAGCGAGAACACAAGAAAGCGAUGAAAAAGUCGCAGCCAAAGAUGAAGCAGAUGAAAGUUCGGAUGUCAUAACACUUCAGACCUACAAAUCUUGACAUCGUUGUAAAAUACAAUUAACUUACACCCUA